UCUGCUCCUGGCUUUUUGUCACACACAAUACAUGUAAAAUGGGAAAUUUGGUGUCUGGUUUGGAGAAGUCAUGUGAAGUUUGAGCCUAUUGUGCUUCAUGUCCAAUGCAGACAGCUUGAUGAAGCGCAGCUUCUGCACUCUGUGGCAAUAAACUCUGGCUUUAGAAACUCCGGAUUAACUGUCAGCAAGAAGGGAAAAAUCAUAUUGGUUUGUAAUUUAGUUUUUCAUGUAUUCAUUAAUUAUUCUGUAUGAAGUGCCUUACUGAUAUGCUUGUGUAACAGAGGUGGUUCUGUGUUUUAUUCUGAGUGUGAUAUCUCUCUAGGCAGUCCAAAGUACCCAUGGUCAGGAGGUUCCACUGAGCCACAAAGGACAGUUCCUGGUCAAAGAAUAUGUAUAUACUGACAAGAUACAUGUCUCUCUUCCCUAACAGUGGGAGUCGUUGUCCACAAAGCGGCACGGCGGGCUGUCUAGCUCCGCCUAUCCUUUCUUUGGAUUGGUGGAUUACGUCUCAUUAUUGUACUCCUUUUUUGAAUAUUCGAUGAGGGUUGUUGAUGUCAACCGCCUGUAUUUUAUGCAACUAGCCUCAUGCCAUGAAUAUACAUAGCCAUCUUGAGACAACUCAGAUAUAAAUCGUUUUUUUCUCAAAGUUGCCGGGAUGUCACGUGU